UGAACAAUGAAUACUCGGUGGUAAGCUUUAUUAUCUUACUGGAUAGAAUCCUCAUCCUUACCUUGUACGACGUCCUCGCCGUACAUCCACACAACCUGAAGGGUGGUUUCUAAUAUCCGCCUCUGUCAAUAUAACGCUGGUACCCUUUUAUAUAAAAAGUGAUAUCCUUACGAUAUUGAGUAUAUGGCAGAGACUACACUCAAACCACCGAGGUACACACUCACGCCCGGUGCCGGACACUGGGUAGAUGCCGUGAUAUGGGUUCUUGUCAGCCUUUCAACUGUCUUUCUGGGACUUCGAGUAUUUUACAAGCUCAAGACGAGCCGAGGACUGUGGUGGGAUGAUUGGGUUUUGAUAGUAUCAUGGCUCGUUCUCAUAGCUUCGGGGGUGCUUAUCAGUCUCUGCGUAUCAGCAGUUUUCAUUAGACACGAUCAAGAUAACCGAACGGGCGUUCACGAUGUCGGCAUGCUAAGUACAAUUGCGGGAAGUUUGUUUUUCAUCUCGGCAAUGUGGAGCAAGACAUCAUUUGCUAUAACGCUCUUUAGAAUCUCGGGCCCUCGACUAAAGAUUGCGCUUCGAGUGAUUAUAAUCUCGAUGAACAUCAUUACCUGCGUCAGCUUGAUACUCCGAUGGGUACAGUGCCGGCCGGCGAGUAUGAUAUGGGACUCCCACGCCGCCGGAGUCUGUUGGAAUAGAAAUCUUAUCCUCGCCUUCACCAUAUUUGCUGCAGCAUAUUCAACAUUCAUGGACUUUGUCCUAGCGGCCCUUCCAUGGCCUAUUAUAAUAAAAUUGCAGAUACGGACUAGCGAGAAGGUCGGAAUCUCCGUAGCUAUGAGCAUGGGCAUUUGCGCGGGUAUAACUUCGAUCGUUAAAUGCACCAAGUUCAGCGUUCUCCGCAAUAAUAGUUUUAGUGAUGACGUCUUUGAACUUGCAAUAUGGUCCGUAGCGGAAAUCGCCACUACGAUAAUGGCGGCGUCGAUUCCCGUUCUUCGUUGCGCGUUGAUGCACGAGGCAAGUUCUAUGCGCCCAGGUCACCCUGUCACAUUCGUUAGGGAUCGAGCCCACGAGAUAGCAAGCAGGGCACGCGGCAAUCAUUUAUCAUUAUCCGCACCGAGGCGCUCCAAAACGGUGAAGUGGCCUGAUAACUUCGUAGACGACGAGAGGGCCGCGCUUGGUAUUGUUGGCCCUGACGACAGGAUCCUGAAUAUAAAUGAAGACGUCCAAUUAGCCAAGAAGGGCGUUGGCGAUUCCAUGGACUUUGAGCUGAGAAGAAUUCCACCAUCCUACUCGACAUAGAUAUAAUAUACUUUAUAUAUGGGUUAGCUAGUUCUGAAUUUGCUAUAGGCUUGACUUCUGGCAGAUAUGUACCUAAACUCUUUGAACAGAGAAGCGUAUCGAACGCCGAUUCCAUAUUUCAG